AUGUUUGUUCACCAAAAAGUGAAACCCUUCAGUUGCUCUGAGUGUGGUAAAGGAUUUAACCAUAAACGAUAUCUGAUAAUACACUCAAGAACACACACAGGAGAGAAGCCCUUUAGCUGCUCUGAGUGUGGUAAAGGAUUUGAUUUCAAUUGUCGACUGCAAGUGCAUUUGAAAACUCAUACAGGAGAGAGUUCCUUUUGUUGUCCUGAAUGUGGAAAAGGGUUUGCUCGUAAAGCAAAUCUAACCCAGCACAUGCUUCUUCACCAGAAAGUGAAACCCUUUAUCUGCACUGAGUGUGGUAAAGGAUUUAUACAGAAAUGUCUUUUGAUGGAACAUUGUAGGACUCACACAGGAGAGAAACCCUUCAGUUGCUCAGAGUGCAGUAAAAAAUUUGGCUCCAAAGAUGGUCUGAGAAAGCAUUUGAUAACACACAUGGAAGAGAGACCGUUUUGUUGUCCUGAGUGCGGUAAAGGUUUCACUCGUAAAGCAAGUUUAACCGAACACACCUUUGUUCACCAAAAAGUGAAACCCUUCAUCUGCCCUGAAUGUGGUAAAGGAUUUAACGCCAAACGUUAUCUGAUAGAACAUUCUAGAACUCACUAAGUUAAGAAACUGUUCAGCUGCUCGGUGUGUGGCAAAAAAUUUGCUCUGAAGCAACAUUCGAGAACUCACAUGAGAGAGAAACCCUUUUGUUGUUCUGAGUGUGAUAAAAGCUUCAGGAUAGAGAUGUCCCAAGCUUGUUGGUAG